UCAAAAUGUGAAGUCUUAGAAAAUGCAAAAAAGAAAAGUACUAGCAAAUUGAGUUUUUUCCCCUUAAUAAUAAUUGUAAUAAAAACACGUUAUCUAGUUUGAGAUAAGUGAAGUGACAUGCAAAUUUAACAUUUUCUGUGGGGGUUUUCGUGGCUGAUACAGAGUAUUGCCACUGCAUAGGUUCAAAUCUUCAAUCAAUCAAAGUUGAGAUGAAAACAAUGGCUUCACCUUCUCUUCAAUUUCAUCUUCUUCCAUCUCUCUCCAAAUUCUGGUCUUCAAUAUCCCCUCUUUCCCAACAUCACACCCAUCCAUUCUCUUCCACAACCUCUCUCAGAUUCACUUCCACCAAUUCCACUACCACUUUUACUCCCAAACCUCUCUCUCCGUGUUUCGCUCUAACAGAAUCCAACUCGCCUAAUUCCACACAACCCGACCCAAAAACUCUUCUCCAAGACAUUGCCGAAAGUUUUGAUCUUCCUUCUGAUUACUUUGCAAAGUUUCCCAAAGAUCUUCGAUUAGAUCUAAAUGAUGCUGCGUUCGACCUUUCAAAUGGACCAAUCUUGGAUGAGUGUGGCAAAGAGUUAGGAGAGACAUUGCUAAACCUCUCUCGAGCAUGGGAGGUUGCUGAUACAUCAUCCUCUCGCUCUUUAGUGGCAAAGCUUCCUUUGAUUGAGGCUAGUUUGACAGGCACUGCCAAGUCAGCACUUGGAAAACGUUUGGUAGCCGCUGGAAGAAGGUUUCAGUCAAUGGGACAAUAUGGUCAAGGUGAGACACAAAAGAUUGCAAAGGCAAUGAUUGCGGCUGGGAGAGCUUUAUCUGCUUAUUCAACAUCUGCAGUUAUUGAUAAACAACCCAAGGAGGAGACUAAGACGCUGAAGUUUGGAGCAUUGCAAGUUGAAAUUACUCCCACUAAAGCCAAUAUAGGGGCUGCAAUUGCAUUAGUUUUUGGGAUUCUUACAUGGGAGAUAGCUCAGGGAGUUCAAAGCACUCCAGAGAAUUCUUUGCAGUAUGCAAAUGACAAUGCGUUGAUGCUUGCUAAGUCUUUGAGGGGAACACUGCUUGCUCUUUUUUACGCCUCCACGUUCUUGUCUGCACUUACUUCGGCAGGGCUUGUUUUACUUGGUAUACAACUUAAAUCAGAGAAAAAUUGAGCUUUGUGUGUGCUUCCUUCGCUCGGUUUUGCUUGCAAAUGCUGGAGAAGCUGCACAGUGUAAGUUUGUGAGUAUUAGUAUACAAUCAUAAUACCAAACUCGUGACACGGUUUGAAAAUAUUGUCCUAACCAUCCAGAUUGAGUCAGGUUUCUUUCAUCUAUCCUGCCAAUUUUCUAAUGUGUAAACUUUAUAUCAUGUAAAUAGACACAUUCAGUUUUAAACUUCUUAUGGAUGGAGUGAUGUGUGUACUUCA